CAAAAAUAAUGUAAAUAACGAAGACAGGUGCUAGCUAUGGCUGUGUUACGUGCAAACCCAAUCCCAUCGACCACUCCGCCAGCCUUAUGUCGCAUCAUGUAAUCAUAGACCUGUCGCUUAAAUGGCAGGGAUUGGGAUACCAUGUUAGGCACCUGGUGUGAAACAUCUGAAUGGGAAUGGAAUUCUAAUCAUGAUAGCAUGCACAUUUUGAUGCAUGCUAUCAUCAGAGCAAUUAAGAAUCUGUCAUCUAGCAUGACUUACAGAACGUCACAAUGGCCUUCUACCAGUUUCUGCACUACCCUUCAGUAGACUGUCUUCACAAUGCCUUUUAGAAAAGUGCAGGUGUCCCUGAAGGCCAGAGAGGCAAUGUCGCGUGGAAGCCCUUCUGGACAAUCAGCGAUGGGAAACAGACAACUUGUACCCUCAGCUCCCCCUGGAAGAGGCAGAAAUUCUCUGUUGAAUAGGCCUACAAAGAAAAAUGGUCUUGCCCUGAAUAAAGCAGUUGGUGAUGCAGGGUUUCAGAAGAAGUCCUCAUCUGGAGGAAUAACAACGGUGGGAACUACAGGUAUGAUUCCUUUCCAGAGAGCUUCCAGGAGAGAACCGCAUGUGGAACCACAAGCUACUGAUGGCUAUAAGAAGAUGGUGCUUAAGAAGAAUGAUGUUUCUCAGAAGCAUUCCACUGAACAGCAUGAUAAUGAAUACAAUAAUCCCACCUUCGGCAACAGCAAUGAAAAAGGCAUUUCAUCCGCAUCGGAUUCAAAGACCUUGCCUGUACAAAACAAUCAGAAAACAAGACCAGCAGAUCUCCAAGGAGGACAAUCACAUACAAGAAGUGUGAGGCCCAAACUAAAACGGCCAUCUGUUCCCAAAGACCAGAUAAAUAGUGGAUCUUCCCCAAGGACUUCCAAUCGUUCAGGUGCCACAAAAGGUGUUUUAGGUGCUAAUGAUAGAAAACCAAGAGAGGUGGAAGUAGUUGGUGUAUCUACCACUAGUCCAAGAAGAAGAAUUGUGAGGCGAAAAUCACAAACCCUUGCAGCUGAAAGAAAAGGUGACACUAAUGAUGUUCAGUUGUCUUCAUCGAUAAAGGAAAAUGAAAGAACUGAUGGUGUUCCUGUGAGCUCAUUAGAAGUUACUGCAAAUGGAGACAACCCACAAGACAAUUUGGCUUCUUCACAUGCUGUAAAAAACUCUUUAGAUAGCAGUAUACCAAUGACUAGAACAAGAACGCAGCCCUUGAAUCAGAGCUUACCAGAAAGUCGACUUAGAACAGAAUUAGCAGUUGGGAAUGACACUUCCCGAUAUAAUUCAAAUGAACAAUCAGAGGAAUUUUCAAGACCGGAUGGCACUAGACCUUUUUCAAGAUCAAGAGCACAGCCCUUGAAUCAGAGCCUACCAGAGAAUUUGCUUAGAUCAGAAUCAACAAUGGGAAGUGGUGUUGCCAGACAAACUUCAAAUGGGCAGUCUGAGAAUAUUUCAAGGAGCAGUAACGAAAUACCAUCUGAAAUGCUGCCUAGACCCCUAUCUUCUGCUACAGUACCACUUAGGUCAAGUUUAUCAAGAAAUGGGAACAGUCAAAGUAGAUUUGAGACUGGUAGACCUACUAUUCAACCAGCAACAGCUGUAGCAACAGAUUUACAUGAAUCCAGCCAAUCUCAUGUCACAGUCGGUCAAGAAAGACAGCCAAACAGUGUCAGAAGAAGCCAUGAAAGAUUGGGAGCUGGAUCUGAUGGGACUAGUAUGGGUGAAAGACCUAGGCUUGUCAGGCAAAGUGUAUCUAGUUUGACAUCAAGAGCAAGACCAAGAGAAAUAAUUGAUGUCAAUUCAGCAGUAUCAGAUUUGACCACCAGAGUUCCUCGGUCUCCAAGAACGCAACCUGGAACAGUUGGAACAAACUCAAGAACUGAUGUUACUUCAUCCAGAGUAGAGCUUGAUACUAUUUCAACCGUCGAGGACAUAUGGGUUCCUCAAACUAGGCCAGCUGGUAGAAACCCUGUGUCUUCCAUACGUGGACAGACUCCAAACUCCUCAACGCAUUUGCCAUUAUCGUCAGAACCAUCAAUUACUCCCCAAGGAGGACGAAGUGAGUCUCCCGAUGUGGUAUUCAGAGACAGUCCUGUGACAGGAUUAUUACAUAGAAGACAAUCCAGGUUGUCAUCAUCUGACAAUGAAAGGUACCCCUCGGUGAGAAACACGACCAGAAAUGCCCCAACUAUUCCAAGCAGAAGUGGACUGUACCGAGCUUUGUCGGUAAAUGAUGAAACUGCUAAUGAUACUAAUACUACUGAAAUCAACAGAACUAACACACCAUCACAAAAUCAAAGAGAUACAAGGACAUAUAGCAGAAUUGAAAACAUUGACCAUGAUGAUGUGGUCAGCUGGAGACAGAUUGAAAGAGAACACUCCUACCCAUCGAGAGAACCCAGACAAAGACUGAUCUAUCAGGAUCGUAACAGAGGUCGCGAGACAAUCCUUAACCGUAAUACUUCAGGACAUAGGGUUGUCCCACCCAGCAUGGAUUCAGUUCCAGACGUAGCUGAUGAGCAAGAAUUUCCUCCACUCGCUGGCUCGUCUUCUGUUUCUAGGGGAUUACUUAAUGGCACAACCCAGGUCCAGGCAUCUUCAGAUACUGGCCCGGAUUACGGGUUUACAUCACGGAACAGGAGAAGCGAGACACCUCCACCAACACCUACUCCUGGCAGGAAUCCUUCUGAAGAGAGAUUGGCAGAAGAUGAUCCCAUGCACAUGGUAGACCACCUUGUUUUGUUGGCAUCUCCAAUCUUCGGUCCUCUCAUGCUUCAAGCAUCUCCUGCAGUACUCUUCAACAUGCUGUCCCGUGCCAGAAGAGACUUUGGAGGAGAAUUCGUAGAACUGCUGAUUGAGAAUGUUGUGCUGAACCUUCUCGCACAGCAUACGUUUGAUGCUACCAACCCGACUCAGAACAACAAUGGCGCACCUCCCCCUGCCGACCAGGAGACCAUUGAGUCCUUGGAAAAGGUCACUGUUACCAAGCAGAUGGUUUCUGAAGAUGCAUUCUGUUCCAUCUGUCAUUGUGAAUACAUGAUGGAGGAGAUUCUGGAUCAGCUCCCUUGCAAACACAACUUCCACAACAAGUGCAUCACAGUGUGGCUUCAAAAGUCUGGAACGUGCCCAGUGUGCCGUCACAAGCUUUAUACAGACAGCGUCGACUAGCUACCAUCAUAUUCACCUUCAUCAAACCCGGCGAGGCUCUCUAAAAACACCACUGCCAUGCUUCUCCAGUAAAACUAGAUGAUGGAGAUUUUAGUAUCAAAAAUACACAUUUGCAUUAUAAAGGACAAUUUGUAUGCGAAGCUAGGUUUAAACUUUUGUCCCGAAUGGUUUAAAACGGUGGAGGUCUAAGUUUUCUUUUUCUUAAACAUGUUUUUAGGCCCCAGGUAAGGUUUGACUGAACUUGUAGAAUAUGGAACUUAGAGUUUAUGAUUGACCCAGUUGUACAUAUACCGG